AUGGUGAUUACAAAGACUCAGUCAUUGGCUUUAUACAAGAACAUUCUGCGAUGUCAUAGAGUACUCACCGAACCAAUGCGAUCGAUGGGUGAUCAAUACGUCAGAACAGAGUGGAGACUACAUAAGAAUGUCAAUCAAUCACUCGCCAAUGUCUUUUACUCCAAAUGGAACGAGUAUCUACACUUUAUGAUCAAUCAGCGUGUGGAGGGCAUUGAAAAUGUAGUAAUGGCUUCAAGCGACUUCGAGAGUCCCCAUACUGACCUGGUGGUUGGUCGCGAUCUAUCCUCAGACGAGUCCACUCGAAUGACUGACAAACAAAAGGAACAACUCAAGAAGCUCAAAGAAGAAGCUGAUACCCUUUUCUUGAAGAGU